AUGGGUAUAGAGCUUAAUUUAAGUGAUUUAGAGCUUAAUUAUGGUAAUCCUCCACAAAAAUUAAAUUUAAAACCUUCAUGCUCAGUAAUUUUUCUCCUAAGCGUUGGCAUUUUAAGUCAACCUACGUCUUAUACUUUUUAAGAAAUAGUAAGGUAUCUAAGCUCAUACUAUACCUAAAUUAGUUAAAAAUAUGAUUAUUUUAAUUCUUUUAACAAUCCAGGAAAGCUCAUAAGUGAUGUAUAAGCAUUUCAGUAAGCGCUUUUAAUAGCAAACAAUAAUGGCAUUAAUCCAUAAAACUCUUUAUUCACUAUUGCUUUGGAUUCACCUUUUAAUUAACUAACAAUAUCUUUUUUCUUGAAAUUUUUAUAAAUACCACCCACUACUAAUUAAUAUUUUUGUAUUAAUUUUGACCCAGAUUUAUUUUGUGUGUAAUUUUCUAAUAACUAGAUUUUAUUUGGAGGGUAAUAAGCCACUUAUAAUUCAUUAGAGUGGAAUAAUAUCAUACUCAUAAGGAAUCAUAAUAUUAUGGAAGGAAAAAUUAUACUAAUUAUUAAUAACUCUUAAUAGUUGGAGAUUCCAAAUAAUCUCAUAAGAAUAUAUUCUGGUUCUAUAUUAUAUUCGCAAAAUAAUUGUUAUUUAGAAAGUACAGAUGGAUCAUGCUUAGUUUGUAUGGAUAAUUAUUUACUUGAUUUUUAAAAUAAAAUGUAAUGCGUUCUCAAAAAUACAACAAACACUGAUAAUUUCAUUAAAGGGGUUAAAGAUUGGAAUCCUCCUAGAAAAUUAUGUCCUUAAAAUAUGAUAAAUGAUAGUUCUUCUUAAAAUGGUUGCAAAUGUUUAAUAGGAUUUUAUUUAGCAGGAGAUAAUUGCGUAAAAUGCCCUACAUACUGCAGAAAUUGUAAUAGUCCUAAUGACUGCUCAAAAAUCAGAGAUUCAUUAGGUAAUUGCUUAGAUAAAAAUGCUUUUGAUGAUGGGUAGAAUUGCAUAACACCCUUUUUCAUUUUAAAAGAGAGGUAAAAUAUAAGAAUAUCAAAUUAACCAGACUAUGGGUAGUUGUGCAGUAAUAUGGAUGCAGAUAUCAACAAAUAUAUUUUAUCGAGACCGAAUUAAGAAAUAAAAAUUGCUUAUAUUGAAGAAAACUUAACAUUAACUGCCCAUAGUUAUAUAGAACCUCUAAUUUGA